CGGCGUCGCUGGUUCCCGCGCCUCAUGGCCUGGAGGAAUUGUUCAAGCCACCCUCCUGAUAACGCAAUCGAGCUCUGACUGUGAAAUUUCUGGUCUUUGCAAUACUGGGGCGUCGAACCGGAGAUUUCAGGUUUUGUCCACCUUGCACAGUGAGUACCAUCUACCGCCCAUGGUGCUGCUCCGCGCUGCUCCACGUGCACCAACACACGGACCGCGUGUUUCGUAACGCAGUGUGAGUAUUGUUUACGCAGGUACGUCCCAUUCAUGUCUAGACACCUUCUCUACCGAUACUAUCGUUUUCACAUACGAGCUUCAUCACUUCCACUACUAUCGAGAACAAGACAGCCGUCGAGCAGCAUAUCGUUGCUGCUUCCAAACAUGAAAGCCUUACCCUUUACUCCCUUUCUCGGGCUGCUAGCCUUGCAGCCUCAAUUAUCCGCUGCCUACUGGCGCAUGGCCUGCAGCAUUUCUCAAACAGCUCGAGUCGACCCGAUUCUCAAUCCCGGUGGCGUCGCCAGUCACGUCCAUAAGUUCGCGGGUGGGAACAAUGUCAACGCAAAUUCCGACCACAGUUCCCUCCUUACGUCGACCUGUUCAUCUUGUGAAGUUCAGGCUGAUCUCUCAGCCUACUGGACACCUCAAUUAUACUUCGCGCACUCGGAUGGUGUAUUCGAAGAAGUACCAAAUUACGGAAUGACUGUUUACUAUGUUGGACGUGGCGGGGACACAUCGAACACUGUCGCAUUCCCAUCAGGGCUCAAGAUGAUUUCGGGGGAUACUACAGCGCGCUCGUAUGACACCAGCACAUUGACAUACUUGAACACGCGACCUGUAGCAGACCGGGUAAGUUUCCGUUGCAUAAACGAGGCUAACGAUAUUCCAGAAACCCACUACCUCAAUGAUACCGACUGUGUCAAUGGGCUACGAGCGCAAAUCAACUUCCAAUCUUGCUGGGACGGUGUCAAUCUUUACCUGGAGGACUCGGCACAUGUGGCUUAUCUCUCUAAUAUCGACUCUGGUGUCUGCCCUCCCUCGCACCCGGUUCCCAUCCCGGGCCUUUUCUUUGAGGUGUUGUAUUUCACAAACGAUAUUGAUCAAUCGGCCGGUGGCGAAUUUGUCUUCGCGAAUGGCGAUCCGACAGGCUACGGUUACCAUGCGGAUUUCAUGAAUGGGUGGGAUAUGGAUGUGCUGGACGACGCUGUCGCCAACUGUCUCUACACCGAUGUCGAUUUUGGUGUUCCCUCCGCUUGCCCUUAUCUCGUCACCAGCGAUACUUCCGACUUCGCUCGCCUCUGUCCAGAAGAACCGUCAGUGCUGACCGAGGCUGUACACGGCAACCUCACGGGCUUACCUGGCUGCAAUCCCAUUAGCUGGGGCCCUGAAUCCUCUCCCCAGAACGUUUGUCCCGUCGGCCAAGUCACGCCUCUCAAUGCCACAACAGCGUCGGCUUCCGGUAGUGCAACCAGCUCUACUACCGCCUCAAGUACCCUUUCAUCAAGCUCGACUUCAAGCUCGUCGUUGGCAACCACAAUGUCCGCGACCGAUGCUACUACCUCGACCAUUGGAGCUGGCGAAACCGUCACAACCCCGACAUCAAGCUCAAGCUCAUUUUCUUCCUCGGCUGCCUCGACUACGGACACUGCCGUAUCGUCCGUCUCCACCACUGGGAUUCAACCAUCUGAAUCACCGGCAUACGGUGAUUCGAGCGUAUUGCAGUCCACGUCCGGCUUUACAGACCCGAUCGUUUCUACUACUUCUCCUAUCUUGUCAACUAUGUCAAGUACUUCCACUACAGCACCUUCGGUCCUUACGACUUCGACGACAAUGACAACAGCGAUCGAUGUGACAACGAGCAGUUCCGCAACUCUAACCAGUGAUGCAGUGUAUGCACAGGACCCGACAAGUGGAAGCACCUCGACCGAUGCUCCGAAUUCCGGCGUCUCAAGUCAGGACACUGCAGUGGACACUAUCACGUCCAGUCCGACUAUCACUGACUCAACAGAUGACAGUGAAACAACCACAGUCACUAUCACCGAUUAUGUUACCGUCACUGUGACGGUCAACGGCGAUGUGGCCGGAAGUUCGGCAACUGUGGCCAGUUCAGCUACAUCGGCGGCUGGUGCAGCUAUUGACGCCACGAGUCAGGCACCUACUCUGACUAUAGCGGAAACGACAGUCACAGAAUCUGGAAGCACGCUGACCAUUCCUGCAAGUACCUUCCGGUGGCGCGAUGGGGCGUGGUAUCGUGGGUCUCGUGUCAACUAUAUUGAAACCACCAUCACUAUAACUGUGACUGGAAGUCCCGUCACAGUAGCAGGAAGUACGGUCUCAGUGGAAGCAAGCACCGUCACGCAGACGAUGAGCAUAUUCAGCGUCAAUGACAACAUGUAUACGGUUACCGGAAGCACAUUCACCACGUUUUACCCUGCUGCGGAGGCGACCACAGCAACAGCAAGUGCUCCUAUACAGUCAACAAGCACAUCUACUACCGACAACGGCAUGUACACGAUCACUGGGAGCACUUACACCACGUUCACUUCUGGACAAGCUUCAAGCAGCGUCACUGGAGCCGAAUUCUAUACUGUGGCCACUUCAACAAACUCACCAAGCGCGGCGGACGCAGCCAGCACUAUCACAGCACCAGCAAGUGCAGCGAGUACCGGCGGCAGCAUAUAUACGGUUACUGGAAGCACGUAUACCACCUUCGAGUCUGCAACAGUAUCAGCCACUACGGACGAAGUAACUUCGACUACGACGUUGUUCACCACUACCACCCUCUACGUGACGGUCACCCCCACAAGCACUACGACAUUGCUCACGCAAACCAGUUCGAGUACGGAAGCCUUUUCGAGCACGGACGCAAACAUCGCCCCAACAGCCUCACCGAGCAUUCAAGCCGCCGAAGCCAGCAGCAACACAACUUUGUCGUUGAUCACGGGCAUGGGCGGCGCCACGUCGUCCAUCUUGAGUUCGGGAGGAAGCGAAGCGACCACCUUCGUUACAGUGACAGACCUGAUCACCGAUGAGAUGACCUCGACGACGCAAACGACACUCACGCUGGCGACGGCGUCAUCGAACACGACAUAUUUCACGAUUCGGGGCCGCGAGGUACUAUUCACGCGGCGAUGAUGCAACUAAUUCUAGCAGCAGGACCGAUCAAGUCUAUUUCCAUUCGGUAGAGACCGAAUAUUGUUUGAAUAAUACUAAUUUUCUAGGCGCGUUUUCUGGAAUAUAGCACGAUACCACGAACGACAGUAUUCGGAACUGGACGGCACCAGCACGCGCAAUAUAUCGGACGGCAUUUUCGUGGGCAAGAGGGGUUUGACAGCAUCGUUGGAACGUAAUGGUUGCACGGUCUAUUGGGAGGUUGGUCCAUUUUGUUUGGGGGCUGGUACACUGUACAAAUAAUGGAGGAAAGUAUAGAAUACUUCAUGGCAUGUGGUAUAGGAUUGAAUGAAUAAUAUGCCAAGUUG